AUGGAAACUACUGAUAUAACAACUGAAAUAGUGUCAACAGUAAUAGUGCCAUCAGAUAAUUCAGAUUAUCAACCAAUUUAUAUUGAUGAUGAAUUAACAACAUAUUUAAUAUUUUUAUUUCCCAUCUAUAUGUUAGCCAUAAUAUUGAAUACUUUAUCUAUUUAUUAUAUACUUAUAACAAAAAUUUAUCGUCAAUAUUUAUCAAAUAUAUUUUUAGUAUGUAUAAAUAUAUCAUCCAUUUUUAGUAUUCAUGGUCAUAUAUUUUUGGUUUUAUUACGUUGGACAAAUAAUUCAUCAUCAAAUCAUUUAUGUUCAAUAUCAAUUUAUACACGUGACUCUGGUUUUAUUUGGUUUAAUAUACAAAUAUUAUUAUUAACAAUUGAAAGGAUUACAUCAAAUUUAAAAUAUAAAAAUGAAAAUAAUCAUCGAAUUAAAUUAUUUUUAAUAUUAAUGACAUUUAUCUCAUUUAUAUUAUCAAUAACAAUACCAAUAUAUUCAUUAAAACAAAGUUAUAUACCAUUUGAUGGUCUUUGUAUUCCAACAAAUAUUAAUACGUACACAAAAUAUUCUCAAUGGUUAUAUUAUGGUUUUGGACAUCCAUUUUUAUGGUCAUCAGUUAUUCUAUUAUUUUUCUUCUAUUUAGGACUUUUAAAACGUCCAAAUUUAUUUAAAAAUUCAAUUAAUUUAAAAUAUGCAAAUAAUGCAACAUUUUUUCUAACAAUUUCAACAUGUGUAUGUCUAUUUAUUUUUACUAUAUUCAAUGAUUAUAUUGGUAUUGGACAAUCAUUAAUUGCAUCUCAAAAUGUAUCAAAUAAAAGAUUUAAUAUUAUGAAUGUAAGAGAUUUUAUUAUUGUUAUACAUAAAGUAAUUAUUGGUUCAACAUUAUUUCUUACUCGACGAGAAUUACGUACAUGGUUCUAUGAUUAUUUUAUUAAAUGUCAAUUCUUACAUGAAGGAACAAUUCAUCAACAACCACAAAUAUUUGACAUUAAAAAGGAUAUACAAGAUGAUGAUUAUCAUGAUUCUAUUGUUGAAGCAAAUUCAUCAAAUAGAGAAAAUGAUUUCUAA